AAGCCCCCAAACUGCUUGUGCCUCCUGCUAAGAGAUUACUUUUGCCUAAUUUCACGUCCUCAGGAGGGCACCUGUAAGAACACUUAAGCUUGAGAGAGGUAAGCUGGGCUCUUGUAUAUAAACAUGUGCACCUGUGAUAGCUGAUAGUGGAGCAGAAUUAAGGAUGGGACAGGCUGCGACUUUACCCUGCAGAAGCGGAGGCACCUACAUUACAGAACUUUAUGAGUGGAAUGUUCUUAAAGGAGUGUCCGAGUGGCCUGAUUACUCUGCAUGAGUUCAGACGCCACUUCUGUGAUGGAACUGUGGGAAUGGAGUCUGCUGAAUACGCUGAGCAGAUCUUCCGGACAUUAGACAAUAAUGAGGAUGGAUUCGUCGACUUCCGAGAGUACGUGAUGGCCAUUAGCAUGCUGUUAGAAGGCUCAUCAGAGGAGAAGCUUCGCUGGUCAUUUAAACUUUAUGACAAAGACAAGGAUGGAGCCAUAACACGAUCAGAAAUGCUUGACAUCAUGCAGGCUGUGUAUAAGAUGAGUGUUGCAACCUCUUUAACCAACCCUAAUCCACUGACUGCUGAGGAAUGCACCAACAGGAUAUUCAUAAAACUAGACAAAGACAACAACGCCAUCAUCAGUCUGGAGGAGUUUAUUGAUGGGGCUCUGGCUGAUGAUUGGAUAAGAGAGAUGUUGGCAUGUGACCCCAACACUGUAAAGGUAGAGAGAGCCCUUAAGGGUUGCUCUGGAAAUAAAGCUUUGGGUUCGUUUGAGUCUACAGAAUGAAGGCUAUCUCAUCUGCUGGAGCAGUAGAAUAUCAUCUCUGACAGUCCUACACCACAUAUCUAAAGUGUUUCUGCUCUAACACACCCAGCUGCUACUUAUUUAACUUUUAAGAUUAAUAAACACUACAAUUUGAAGGCAAUUUGGAGACUAUUAUUAUUACUAUUAUUUGUAGACACUACAGCAAUGGCAGCUUUUUGCUGAAGGUUUAACAUGCCGUUGAUUUAUUUUUUUAUAAAUAUCUUUUAUGUCAUAUUUAAUAAGACAUUAUUAAGACAUCAAGACAGUUUUACAUAAGAGCAUUUUAAAUAAACAUCAGCACAGUUCCUCUCUGUGUUUUUUCUUGUUUACAUGCAUGUCAAUGCAAUAACACAUAAUUUGUUUAACAUGAUCAUUUACGGCGGGCACGGUGGCUUAGUGGUUAGCACGUUCGCCUCACACCUCCA